AUGUUUUGUCUCGGAAUCCUGAGCGAUGCUGCCAUACAACAUCACAUUCACUCAAUUACGCUACCAAUACCAAGUAGAGUGACUGGGAAACCUGUCUCUCUCGAAGAGGUACUUCAUGACCGAUCUCGAAGUGGACUUCAGAUCAAAGAGAAGUGCAGAAUUGCGCUCACACUCGCCACCGCCGUCCUCCAACUCCACGGAACACCCUGGCUAAGCGAAACAUGGAGCAUGAAGGAUAUUUAUUUUGUUGAGAACUCCAAGAAUGCAAUGCUCUCCGAUCAGCCGUAUGUAUCAAAAAACUUCACACCUACGCCAGGCUUCACGACUCCGCGCCAUAAGAGACCACGUCUUGUAAAGAACAGCAUCAUAUUCGCCCUUGGUGUAGCUCUAUUGGAGGUCUCCUAUGGCAAGCCUAUUUCCUCGUUCAAAACUGCUGAAGACUGGGACCAUGAUGGAAAACGCACCGUUUGGACAGAGUUCUCCGUCGCCGAUCGCCUUGCGGAUGCACUUCGCGACUGCGAGCUCGCUAAUUACUUCAACGCAGUCUACAGAUGUGUCCACUACAACUUCGAAAGCUCAUCAUAUAGCCUCACGGAUGAUGGUUUCCGAGAACGGUUCUACCAGGGUGUUGUGGUGCCGCUUCAGCAGGAUUACGACUACGCAACGCGGCAAUGA